AACGACAAGGCGAGUCCUCUUUAAGCUGCACACUGUAACUGCUUCUGUCUUUUCACCGUCACAGGCAGAAACUGUUUAAACUUGGAACAAUCAGUGGAGAUCAUUCUCAGCUGUGUCAAAACCUCCUCCAAGGUUUCUCCAGCUCAGUGUUAUGUUCUUUGAAUCACUUUUUCUUAGCUAGCAAAGUCAUCACAAUAGAUUAGUUUCUGCCACCGACUCUUGAAGAGCUUUGUCAAAAUCUGAGAAAACUAUGAGGUCUUGGCUUGGAGAUCCAAGGAAGGGAAAUCUGAAGAUGAGGACAUUUACUAGACAAGAAGAGCUUAGAUAACAUCAUGUCUUUUUGGAGCUUGACACAUACUCAUCUCAACAACUGAUGCUGAACAUGUUGCAGCUCUUGCUCGUCGCAUCUUUGUGGCUUUACUUUCUCGUCCCACCUCUGCUCUGUGGCAACUUGCGUUGCUACUACCAGCCCAUCCUGAAGAAUGGGGAGACGGCCGAGCUCAUCCUGACCCAGUGUCCUCCCAACCAGCUGUGCCACACGGCGGACGGUCACUACGGCAACCUCAGCGCUCUGUCAGCCAGAGGAUGCUCGGCGAAAAGGUUCUGCGGCCGCCAGCGGCGCUACAUCUUCAUGGGGACGGCCUACACGCUGAGCUACGCCUGCUGUGACCGGUCGUACUGUAACUCGGGCGUCGCGGCUAAACCUCUCUACGUCAUCGUGACGCUCAUGGCUGUAGCUGCGAUAUCUGGCGGCUCGUGACAGGAAAAGAGCCGGUGUGUCGUGAGCGUCGGACGUGGUUGAAGUCGAAGGGCGGAUGUUUGUGUAGGCGCACUGAACCAAGGCUUCAGCCUGGUGUAAGGCUGAAGGCCGGCUUUAGUGUGUGGUGUUUGCAACGAGGUGACCGCAGAGACAUUUUCAUUUU